AUGACAAUAUGGCGUGCAACGCAGUCUAGAAUCCAGGAGCAACUUCCUCUGGUAGUCGAUUUUUUACGCAGCAGAAAAGUAUCCGCUGGGCCAGCGACGACGCUGUACAUGGCUACAACUCAAGCAAGACACCCCUCUGAUGUGCCCCUGGAAGUGCCAACAAGUUCGACGUUCCAACAACUUCACGAGGCAUAUCCGACAAUUUGGAUCGUGUUACACAAAGUUGAAGCUCCUAUUCCCGUCAAUAUUGGUGACCUACGUCGAAUUUUAGGACUUCCAGACUGGAAUCUACGUCUGCCAUUUCGACAACCCAACCGCGAGCCUGUCGGAUCCCCUCUGUCCGAAAGUGCGGAUAUCGAGGAUGAAGAACAUAAGAACGAGGAGGGCCUUCUAUUUGAAAGUAUUGGUUUCGCUCUGACGGAACACUUUCACGUGCGCGCUUGUGAAGUGGCGCCAGGCUACUACGGAAGCUCAACCGGGAUUAUCCUGGAUGACGACAAGGACAACUCAGUAUGGACACCUCCAAGGCUGAACUACCUUGCUGAGAAUCAAGAUGGCGAUCUAUCGAUGACGGACAACGAGAAGGAUCUGUUGGGUGUGGCUUCGUGCUGUAUCUCAAGAUGA